GCCACAGACUGCGGGCAGGUGGAGGCACGGCGGGCCGGCGGCGGCGGCUCUAGGACCUGCUUGAAACUCAGCCUGCUGGGACGAGCCUCCCCUCCCCUGCCGGCUCCUGCCAUGGGAGUGUGCGGACAGCCCCGUUGGAGAUGAGACACGAUACCGCUGGCUUUCUCUGGCAGUCACACGUCCCCAGCCAGGACCUGCCAGCUCGGUGGUUGCCUCUCUGUUUCUGAUGUUCGUCUUCCCCAUGGAUCCACAGCCGUAACCAUGGUGACGCGGGUGGAGGUCGGCUCCAUAAGUUCUCUGACAGGAGUGCCAGGCCUGGGCGAGCUCUCCAAGGAGGAAGCUCUGACUCGGACCUACUUCCGCCAGGCUGGCAGCGCCUCCGGGGCCCCCUCAGCGCUGCUCUUGGAAGGGAAAAGCCCCCUCAGGAGCCCAGUCCGCUUGCUCCCUCUGCCGAGACUCACCCCCAAGCCCUUCUCCAAGGAGAAGGCCGGGGACAUGAUCUCCUCGUGGCCCAGCCUGAGCAGGCCGUCUCCUACCGGGGGGCUCCCCCGGGGCGUGGCGGCAGAGGGGCUGGACGAGAAGAUGCCUGGCUUGGUGGGGCAGGAGGCGGGGAGCGGGGACGGCCCGAGCAGCUCGUCUCUGUUCUCCAAGGCCGCGGUGUUGCGGCCUAGCCCCAGCACCAUGAUCCUCUUUGAAACCACCAAAGCCGGGCCUACCCUGGGGAAGGGGGUCGGCCGGGGGGCUCCGGAGGCCGACGCAGGCGUGUCUCAGGGGCCCCCUUCUGCCUCCCGGCCUGAGGUGGCCACCAAGCCUGCCUUGCCGGCCCGAAACCCUGCGGGGACUCUUCCCCGACCGGCCUCCGUGUCUCAGGUCACCAGGCCGGCGGCCACCCAAGAGGAGACAGGCCUAAAGGAGCCUCUGUCAAAGGCCAGCAGCGUGGAGGACGCGGGUAGCCCCGCUCUGGAGCCCAGGCCUCGACUGAAGAGAAGGCCCGUGUCGGCCAUUUUCAUCGAGUCCAUUCAGCCUCAGAAGCCAGCAGGCCCUGGCGGGGCAGCCAUGGUGGGGAAGGCGCCCCCCACCCCUCCUGAGAAGACGUGGGUGAGGAGGCCUCGGCCUCUGUCCGUGGACCUCACGGCCAGGUUCGAGAGUAGAGAGGCCUUGGCAAGGAAGGUGGAGGCCAUAGCAGGAUCCACGGCCCAGUGGCGGGGUCCCGAGAGGCCUGACCUGGACCCCAAAGUAGAUGGGGAGCGUCUGGUCAAAGCAGAGGCUCCCCUUCACGACCCAGAUUCUGACUUCCUGCAGGUGGCCAGGAAGAUCCAGGAACGGAAGGAGAAGCUGCUCUGCAAGCAGGCAGAGAUGGGCCACCUCAGAACCAUGGGGGGCUCGGCCAGGGUCACCCCCAUCAGUGACCAGAAUCUUGGGGAAGAGAAAGCCAAGCUGGAUGGCGAGCCGGAGAAGGCACCCAGGGGCCCCCAGUCCCCUUCGCCCAGGCCUGGAAAAGGCCAAGAAAUCGCUGAGGUCAAGAGCAGAGCGGCUGAUGGGGAAACCCAGGCAGGGGGAGAGCGGACCCCGAGGGGCAGCGUGAAGAAGCACGUCAGCCUCUUUGGUGAGGAGAGCGCCUCAGCCUUGUCAUUGGGGUCUUCGCCCCCAUCAGCCCCCGCUGAGUCCCCACCGGCUGCACCGGAGCUGGGGAAAGCCGGUGUGAGCGUCCAGGAGCGGAUCAAAGGCUGGGCCACCGAGAGCUCGGAAGCAAAGCCAGAGAUCAGGAAGAAGGUGAUACAGGCACGGCCGCUGUCAGCGGAUUUGACCAAACUGUUUUCAAGUGCAGCUUCAAACAACGAAGUCACAUGUGAGAAGUGUUCUGAGCUGAGCAGUGAGCCUCCUAAAGAACCAAGAGAAAAGCAAAAGGAAGGGCAUGGUGUGGACGGAGCAUCUGUCCCAAGAAGCCCCUGGAAGCCUGCGACGCCCCGGGAGAAAUCCAGGCAGACAGAGUGGAAAGACAGUUCUGACCAAGUCCCUGGCAGCGGUUGGAGCGAAAACGUGGUGGGGCCUCUGAGCCCUUCCGCCAGCACCCCGGAUGAUGACAGAAGCUUCCAGACCGUGUGGGCCACAGUGUUCGAACAUCACGUGGAGAAGCACACCGUGGCUGACCUGUCAGGACACUGUCCCGCAGCCAUGACCCCCAGGGACACGGCCGACAUCUUGGAGUUCAGAUCCAGGUUCCUUGGGUCGAGAAGCUCUUUCCCGCAAACCACAUACCCGAAGAAAGAGUGGUUGGAAAAUCCCGACCCAAAGAAAUCUGGGCGGACCGCCUUCUCCAACGGUGAGCCCAAACAGCAUCAUAUGUCUUCCCUCCUGGGAAGAUACCCUGUGGGCGACAAGUGCAGUAAUAACCCCUGCCUCAAGCUCUUGGAAAGCCCUCCUGCAUCCGAGAGGGUCGAGCCCAGGUAUGACAUCAUGCACGCGGUCGGUGAGCGUGCGCACAGCGAGGCCAUCCCCAUGGCGCCCGAGGAGAAGGCUGUGACGCUCCGGAGCAGCCAGUCUCGGCUCUCACUGUCCCAGGAGGUCACCCCUGCCGUGACCCCUGCUGACCCCGAGCGCAGGCUGGAAGGCCAGGUGGGGUCCAUCCAAAGGGCCAGUUUGAUCUGGGAAGCUCGAGGGACGCGUGAGGUCAGUGGGCCAAAGCCUGAGUUCCACCGAGAGCUAAAGGACACGUCUGGAGGCAAUUGUCUGUCACCCAGAUGGACAGGUGGGGUGGCCAUCAGCUGGCAGAAAGCCGCUGUGGGGGUCAGUGAAGAGAGAGGCUCGGAACCAAGCCCCGAGGCCACCUCUGCGAGGACCAUCCAGGCUGCCAUCCAGGAGGCCCAGCACCAGGGGAUCGAAGGGGCUGGAAUAAAGCCAGGGGAAAGGGGUGCCCCCCAGGGGGGCCCUCUGGAGCCUCCUUCCAGGGCUAAGGGCGAGGCCUCUGACUUCCGAGCCCGGCCACAGGCAGACGUGCUACUGCAGAAGGGGCCCCUCGCCGUGGCUGGUGGCCAGAGUGGAGCGAGGCCGGCCCAGGUGCCGGAGCCCGAAGCCAGGAUGCGGAAGGUGAGCCCCAGCGACCAGAGGAUGGAGAGGUGGAGGCGGCGGACAUUACCCCACGACGCGAAGUUCGAUGAAUUCAGCUUACUGGCCCCAGAGCACUCUUCCAAGGCAGAGCAGAGACGGACGGGUUAUUUGACCCGCACCGCAGGUGCCUUAGGAAAACUCCAACUAGCCCACGGUUGGGAGGAGCCCCAGCAGGGGAACCCGGGCGUGUCACAGGUUCUUUCAGCAGCGAAGCAAGGGCCAUCUGUGGAACCCAAGGCGACCUUUUUUGCAGUGACGUAUCAGAUUCCCGACACUCAAAAAGCAAAGAGCAUUGUUAAGCCUGGGUCCGAAAACUUGAUGGAACAUUCUAGAAAAAUAGCCCCACCUCUAUCGCCUCAUCUUUUAACAUCUACCUUGGUUUCUCUGAACCAUGAAGAGCUGCUGGAGACCAUGGGCAGUAAAAACCAGGCUCCAGGCAGAGAGCAUGACCGCGCAAGCUUUCCAAAGACCCCGAGGCCAGCGUCUCUUGGGGACAGGAUUCUGGGUCCUCCCAGCGAGAGAAUCUCCGAUGGCGAUGCUUUAUGGGUUCGUCGGGGACCAGAAGACAGCGUUGGUUUUCACAGCGACUGGAAGGACCGUGGGAACAAGACAUCCCCCCGUGGUGCUCCCAAAACACCUCCGGCUCUCAAAAGUCACCCGAAAGCCACCCAUCUCCUGCUCAGAAGGAAGACGGAGGUGGUCAGCGAGACAUUCCCAGGUAAAAUCAAGGACGGUUACAGGUCCAGUGUCCUCGACAUUGACGCCCUGAUGGCCGAGUACCAGAGACAGCCAGCCGCAGGCCCCAGGGAGGCUCAGGAGCUGAUGGGGGGGCCGCCCACAGAGCCCAGAGGCUCGAAUCCUGAGAGGCCUGGCCAGCAAGGCGAGGUGGAUCGGAGACGGAGGAGCCUGAAGGAGGGCCCUGAAAUUGAGGGCCCCCGGAAGCAAGCCAGUUUUGCCGAAACAAACCCCAGUCCUACCCCCGGCUCGGGCAAGCAACUGGCAGAGACCCCGGAGGCAGCCACGAGCACCAAGGUCAGCCCUCCUCUGUGGGCCCUGCCGCACUCAGCUCCUCCUGAGAAAUAUCCAGGGGCCUCUUCUGGCCCUGCAGGUCCCAGGAAAAAAGGCUCGGGGGUCACCAAGGAUGAGAAAAAGGCCUUUAUCAGUAAACAUCACAGUGCAAAGUGCCCGCAUUCCCUGGCUGAGUCAAAGCCCACCACCUCCUGGGAGGAUCUGGGCAGCGGGGCCACCAUGCCACCCAGGUCCUCCCCCACUGACCAGAAGAAAGGGCUCCCAAGGAAAUCCCUCGGGAGGGGAGAGGAGGGCAGUGUGACCCAGUGGGGCAACCACCCAUGGGACUGUGGAAGGUCACUGCUGGAUGUCAAGAGGGCCCACUCGGAGAAAGGCCCCCCUCUCAAAAUCCGAGAGGGCCUGUCCAUCAUGCAGGAAGCCAGAGAGAGGAGGCAAGAGCAGCCCAAAGGGAGGCCCAGUCUCCCCAGGGAGAUUUCAGAGGCCAAAGACAUCAAGACGGGGCUCUGUCAGCAGGAGUCGGGGAAUCGAGACAGUCAAAAGGUGCCGCCAGGGAGGGAGUUUGCCCUCCAGGACAACGAGCCGCUGCUCUGGCAGGUGAUCCCUGUGGCCGCGGGCCCCCGGAGAAGCCACAGCUUCUGCAAGGACAAGAGGAGCGGGCCCUUCGUGGAUCAGCUGAAGCAGUGUUUCUCCAGGCGGACCCCCGAGGCCAAGGACACUGACACCCUCGUGCAGGAAGCCGACAGCCAGUAUGGGACGUGGCUGCACCAGCACCAGAGCGGGGAGAGCUUGGCCCCCGAGUCCCCAUCCCCGGACAGCAGUGCCACAUCGGCUCAGAAGCAGCCCCCCAGCAGCCGCCUGUCUUCCCUGUCCUCCCAAACGGAGACCACCUCUGCUGGGGACCAGCACGAUUGCUCCAAGGACCAGCAGAGCACCAGCGUGGACCGAUCCAGCACGGACCUGGAAUCCACUGACGGGAUGGAGGGGCCGCCCCCAGCGGAUGCCUGCCCCGCAAAGAGGGUGGACGACUUCUCCUUUAUCCAUCAAACUUCAGUCCUCGACUCAAGUGCCCUAAAGACCCGGGUGCAGCUCAGCAAGAGAAGCCGCCGCCGGGCUCCCAUCUCCCACUCCCUCCGGCGCAGCCGAGUCAGCGAGUCGGAGAGUAGGUCUCCUUUGGAGGAGGAGGCCAACAGCACGUGGAUGUUCAAGGACUCCACAGAGGAGAAAUCCCCCAGGAAGGAAGAGUCAGAUGAGGAGGAGAAGACGCCCAGAGCUGAGAGGACGCCCAUCAGCCGACCCCAGAGGAUGCCUGUGUUUCCAGGCAUGGACCCGGCAGCGCUGAAGGCUCAGCUGCACAAGAGGCCAGAGAUGGACAGUCCCAGCGAUACCCCCAGCUGGGCCCCACAGCCCAAGACCCCCAAGUCCCCCUUCCAGCCUGGGGUGCUGGGCAGCCGCGUGCUGCCCUCCAGCGUGGAGAAGGACGAGAGAUCGGAAGAGCCCUCUCCCCAGUGGCUAAAGGAGCUGAAAUCCAAGAAGAGGCAAAGCUUGUAUGAAAACCAAGCUUGAGCAGACAGGGGCCACUGCCACGUCUAAUGAACAAGCCUUAACUGUCAGUACCCGAAGACGAGGUCCCGCUGCUGCCGUUGCUUCCUGCACACACCUGGGCCCUUCCGGUCGGUCGGUCUGUCGGUCGGGUGGAGAAGGCUGCCCAAUGCCCCCCCUCACCACAGGCUCUCCCGGACGGAUGGGGCAGGAAGGCUCACCCUCCAUGAGCACGUGCUCUGUCUCCCCGGACAGCACUUCAGGCUGGGAAAGAAGCCAGGCGGCCCAGAAAUGUCCAUGCUGGUGGUUUGGUUUUGUUUUGUUUAAUGUAAAAAUGUGCAUUUCUACCCAUUUUAAACCCCUGCAGCAGCUCCAGGAACAUGGAUGUAAGGCUGGACCGUCUCCCCUGGGUUCUGAGUCGUGAAAGCGCCUCUUCCCCCCAACCCCCACCCAGGGCUGGUCUUUUUUUGGAAGGACAUUUCCAAGGAAGAUGAAACCAUACAUUUCCUGCUGUAACUGUGGUCCCAGCAGUACCACCGGGUUGGGGGCUUUGAUCGCUCCUUUGGCGAAUUCCUUCUCCCUCUCGAAGAAUCAGCAGUUCUGAUCUUUAAACACACCUGCCCUCAUUCUUUCAAGUGUAUUUAUCCUCCCAGUGGGGCUGUGUGCAGAGCUUGCCUGUUCCAUUGUACAUCAUGUUUUGUUUGCUUUAGAAGGUGAUAAAGCAAUAAUCCAGCCAACUUUCUUUGAAAUUUGAUAUGUAUAUAUGUUUUUAUGUUAAAGAACAGGAGGAGAGGCGUGUGAAUAGUUUGCUUGAAGUAUCUAAUCAUCUCAGGUUAUCUUAUCCCUACCCCAAGCUUUUUAAAAAUUCUGAUUGUCACCCUGGUGUACACUUUCCUGGUUCCUAUUCAUCCGAGCUCUGAUUUCUGUAGGGUGACCUUUGUCCCUUGGCCUCAAGGUUCAAAAAACUGCAGCCCAAAUGGCAGUGCCUUUCCCUCCCAAACAUCAGACCCACCCGAGAGGCUUUUUCUCCAAAGUCCCUUUCUGAACACAACCUGAGCUGCUGGCAUAAAAGAUCUAUUCCCAGUUGGUCUCAGGACAAACGAUGAAUGAGGGGUCCUUUUUGUUUCUUCUCACCUCUUCUUUCUACCCAACCUCCCCCCAAUUCUACCUGACCAGGUGCUUUUUCUAGGUCCAAAUGCAGGAAGGGAGGGUCUUGCUGAAAGCCCUUCUCUGGAGGGGAGUCCCCCCGACCCCCAGCCCAGGAACUCUGGACAGACUUGCUAGACGCUAGGUAACCAAGUAUAGGCUUGCCUUGCCUCUUUUUUUUCUUGGCAACUCUAAGCUCAUUCCCAGGAAUCUCCAAGACCUCUGGGGUCUCCAGUCAUGGCUACUCUGUCCUUGUUUUUGGAAAUCCUCCACACCAGCUUUCUCCACCUCUUGAGCCCAGGGCCCCAGCAGUCAUCCCAGGGAUAGCCGGCCCACCGCCAUGUCUGGAGUUGCCAUAAACUUUGUGCCAACCUUGCCCGGGAGACACCCAUGUGUGAGAGAGAUGCUUGGGCAGUUCACAGGGCAGCCUGUGAUUGCUGAGGGGCACUGGGGCUGAGCUUCUUAAUGGAUCUUUGCUCAGCAAUGGACUUCCCAAGAAGUGAAAUUCUCUCCUAAUAAAUCCAUUCUUUGCAAAUGGUGUCAAAACCUGCUUGCCUUCUCCCUGGCCACCCCUCCUUCAGUCUCUGUUUGUCUCCUCAGCUCUUCCUCCCUUAUCUCCCAUUACCACCUCUUCCCUCUCUUGGGUACGGCAGGAUGGAGACCAGUCCCGUCUCUGCAGGUUAAGACAAACACCCGGGCCCGAGAGGGGCUGUGGUUCAGCACCACGGACAGUGACCGAGGUGUGGGUGAGAGGCCCUCCCUCCCUGAGUCCUGUUGGCUGAGCUUUGGCUACCCGAUGGGCGGUUGUUGGAGCCCGUCUCCCGGGCAACCUUGUGCAUCUGGAAACCUCAUGCAUGUGUGUCUGGAGAUCUGGUCCUGCUCGAUCACACUUUGUAUUCUCUUCAUUCCCUGAGUUUGUGGUCAGUCCGCUCUCUCUGGCCAUUUGGGGAUUUAAUCCUUUCAGGAACCGCUUCAGUUAAUUUUCCUUUCUUACUCUUCAGAGAUCCUUUUCAUGUUUCAUUUCAGUUUUGCUGUAGUGUCCAGGUCAGUAGGUCCUCUAGACACUCCUAGUGUGCUGUGACCCUGACGUCUUUUCUCGCCUGCUGUCUUUCUUUGCCUUUCUCAAGGUGGGAAGGCCCCUUGGUACCAUCUUAGGCAGUAGGAAGCCACUUGGCUCUGUUCGGUCAGUAUAGUGAUACUCACCAUGCAAAACUCUCAGUUUUGAAUUAGUCGUGUUUCAUCCCAUGUAUACCCAACAGGAAAGAAAAACACUUGAAAACAAGAUUGACCUGGAGGCCUUCUGCCUAUCCUCCCACACCUGGAUUGGAAAUAAAGAUCCAUUUAAUUCCUUGGUGAUGAGGACACAACUAACUUAACAUGCCUUAAUCAUUUGUAUGCAAUCAGGUCACCCGCCCUCAUCCAGCCCUCCUCCCCUGGGCCUCUGGCUUUCUUUAAAUGAGAGUUUUAUACAGAAUGCAUCAAAAAUAAGAUGGAUAGAUAGGUGAUGUUUUAAAUUGUACUCUCUCUCGCACACACGCUCUCUCUCUCUCCCUCCAUCCCCCCACACCCUCUUUGCACAUCAGCAUUUUGAGAGCUGGUCUUUUGAUAAGUCCAUAUCUUUUUCCCCUCCAGUAGAUCCCCUUCUUCAUGGUCUCUUGCCUAAUGUAACAGAAGCCUUUGGCCUGUAAAAUUCCACGGUGAGGCCUCAAAAAUCAGUGUUGUGGAGAAUCUCUCAGUACCACCAGAGAAACUCCAGUGGAAGAGAAGCCUCACUAAACCCAAACCCCAGUGGAGUUUAGAGUGUUGGGGGCUUUGAGUGACGCUGCCCUGACGGCCUCAUGUUGUCUGGCGUUCGGGCAAAGGACAAUCAGAUGGGGAGGUUUUGCAGGGGACAAGCAAAGUCAUGUGCUUUCAGACAAAUGUGUUUUCCCUUGUGCUUCCCAGGAAGAAGUGAGGCCAACUCUAGGUAUCGGAAUAGAGGUGAGCCUGAGGUCUUCAACCUUAGAGGCUGUGCAGGGGAUUUGGAAAAACCUUAGGCGUGAUCUCCCUGAAGGAGACCUCAGCUGCUCCCACCUGGCGCUGACAGCUGCCUUGUCCAUUUACAUUUUUCAUCACGGUACCCCCAGACUGCCCCAGGAGCUAGGUGUCGUUACAAAGCUAAAAACCCACAGAUGUGUCAUUGGAUCACCUCCAAAACAAAAUGCUUGCUUAAAGGUGACGUGGGCCUGCGUGGAAGACAGCGUCCCACUCAAGGAGAGGACUCUCAAGCCAGCCGCUCCCUCUCUCCUCCUCCAUCCCUGUGGUCCCUCCCACACAGCCCUGUCCCUUAAUACAGGAAGCUAGAUGACGGUUGUCUUUGUGUAAACUAGCAUUUCAGGGUGAGGUCUGCAGGGAGGUGGGAGAAAAACUCUAUCCACCGGGAAUUGCGCCGCCUCCAAUUUAUGCCGUGGCGAGUCACUACAGUAAUGGAGAAUCCUUCUAUAGCCUCCGACUGUGCCUUUCCUCCUCCAACAUGUGAUAAAACAGGAAAGCAAAAAAAAAACCCUAUGGCAUCGUGAUUCCAUGGAGUAGGAGGGAGCCACUUAAGGGAGAGGGGACCUGCCCCACAUCUGGAAGGGGGUCCACCUUGGGCCCCACCCCCUUAGGGAGUGAUGGAUCUGAGCCCUGUGCUGAGAAGCUGCCAGGAGUUACCCUGUUGGAAUUCUGGGCAAGUCGAGGGUCUGGGAACAUAGAACCGCAUAGAAAACCGGUAGGCAUGAAUGUGCUGAGUCUUGGUCUGUAUCUCCUUUGGCCCCCAUCACCCCUCUAGAGAUUUCUUUCUUUUGUCUAGGUUGGUUCCUGCAGGGAGGGGGCCAGAAAACCAGGUUCCUGGAAAGUCAGCCUGAGAUUUCCAGCAAGGUAACCUCUCAGCCGCUCACUGCUCACCUCCCAGAAUCUCCUUAAACGGUCACCCUCACACCUGGCACCACACCAUCUCCCAUGAAUCAGCCUGGCACUGUUUUAGCAAUCUCCGGCGGCGUCACACCUGCUAAAAAAAAAACCAACGUGAUGCCGUUGUCUAAAGAAUGAGCUCAUCCCACAUAGCCUUAUAGAUCCUGUAAAUGCGGGGCUCACGAACGUCAUCUGUUGUGUUACUGAAGAUAUUUUGUACCGUGUCGUUCCCUAAAUCAUACCAACGUCCUACAAGUCCUGCACUUCCCAGAUGGUUAUGAGCCUCAAAAUGCUUUGCAAGAUGGAGGGGGGAGUGGAAAUAUAUAUACGUACGCUAUGUAUUUUCCUAACCUUUCUUCUGGGUCCCUUCCUCCGAUAUUUGAGUCACGAUCGAAAAGGAACUCGAGUCCUGUGUGCGAGAAAGUUGGAGCGUCCUGCCAGUUGGUGUCCUUGCAGUUGCCUUAUGAACUCACAGGCUCCAGGAGUUCUGAACAGAAGGUGGUCGACCGGCACUUUAUCCAGUCCCAGAAAUGAUCUCUAAUCGUGUGACUGAGAAUUCAUCUAGAGAAACCUAUAUUUUUAACAUCAAAACAAACGGGGCUUCCCGGACCUCACAGAGUAUUGGAUGUCUACCAGUACUUUUCUAUUUUGUAACUGUAAAGAGGUUUCAUACACACAGCAGAGCAGUUGGGAAUCUGGUCGACUGCCCUAAAACAAAAUGACCUUUGCAUGUACAAAGACGUUGCAUUCAGACUCUGAAAGCAGCAAAUAAAGCUUUGACGCGAGCUGCA